AAUUCGUUCUCUCACAAUUUGCCCCCUCAAUCUGCUUGCUUCUUCUGGGCAGCAGCUAUCUUAAUCCAAAUUAAAUUAUUAUUAUUAUUAUUACUAUUACCAAUUACCAAAUCUAUUUAUUACAACUUUAUUUAUUAUUUAUAUCGAUUUUGAGUUGAAAGUGAAUUAGUAAAUCGAUUUUUUCUUUGUCAUGUAUCGUGCCGCAUCCUCCAAAAUCAGAACCCUCAAGGGUCAUGUAAGCAAUAAAUUGCCAACAAGGCUUUCAAGUUCAAGUGCAGUUGCAGCCAAGGCGUCAUCAGGGGGUCUCUUUAGCUGGUUCACAGGAGGAAGUGCUUCAACCUCUACUCCUUUGGAUUUCCCUCUUAAGGGCAUUGAACUCCCGCCUUCAUUACCUGAUAACAUUGAACAGGGAACGACUAAGAUAACAACUCUUUCAAAUGGAAUCAAAAUCGCCUCUGAAUCUUCAACAAACCCUGCCGCUUCUAUCGGGUUGUAUGUUAAUAGUGGCUCAAUCUAUGAAACACCAGCCUCAUUUGGGGCUACACAUGUUUUAGAACGAAUGGCCUUCAAAAGCACUACAAAUCGAAGCCACUUGCGCCUUGUGCGGGAAGUUGAGGCUAUUGGAGGCAAUGUGACCGCCUGUGCUUCUAGGGAGCAAAUGAGUUAUACUUGUGAUGCCCUGAGGACAUAUGUUCCUCAAAUGGUAGAGCUACUUGUUGACUCUGUAAGAAACCAGGCCUUCUUGGACUGGGAGGUUAAAGAACAGAUUCAGAAAGUGAAGGCUGAAAUUGGUGAAUAUGCUAACAAUCCCGAGGGCUUGUUGUUAGAGGCAAUUCAUUCAGCUGGAUAUUCUGGUCCACUUGGGAAUCCCCUUCUCGCCUCUGAAGGUUUACUAAACAGAAUAAACAGUACAGUGUUGGAGGAAUUUGUAGCUGCAAACUAUACUGCUCCUCGCAUGGUUCUAGCUGCAUCAGGAGUUGACCACGAGGAACUGUUGAAAUAUGCAGAGCCUCUACUUGCUGAUUUGCAAGGUGGUACUCAGGUUGCGGAGCCAAAGUCCGUAUAUGUUGGAGGUGAUCACCGUGUUAUGGCUAAUACAGGGAGUACUAGUUUUGCUCUUGCAUUUGAACUUCCUGGUGGCUGGUCGAAAGUUAAAGAAGCCAUGACCUUGACCGUUCUUCAGAUGCUAAUGGGGGGAGGUGGAUCAUUUUCAGCUGGUGGUCCCGGAAAAGGGAUGUACUCGCGGCUUUAUCUCAGAGUUUUGAAUCAGUACCCUGAAAUUCAGUCAUUUUCAGCAUUCAAUGCAAUCUAUAAUCAUUCUGCACUUUUUGGGAUCCAAGCUACCACAAGUUCUAAUUUUGUAUCGGAAGCCAUUGACAUCGCAGCAAAAGAGUUGAUUGCAGUUGCCACAAAUGGAGAAGUCAACCAGGUACAGCUGGAUCGUGCCAAGCAAUCUACCAAGUCUGCCAUUCUGAUGAACCUUGAAUCAAGAAUGGUUGCUUCAGAAGAUAUAGGUAGACAAAUAUUGACAUACGGGGAGAGGAAACCUGUUGAUCAGUUCCUUAAAGCCAUUGAUGAAGUAUCAGCUAAUGACAUCACUUCUAUUGCAAAAAAGCUUCUUUCUUCUCCUCUCACCAUGGCAUCUCAUGGAGAUGUUAUAAACGUGCCAACAUAUGAUUCAGUCAGCAGCAAAUUUCAUUAGUAGUGCAGUCCUUUCAAAGCGCCAAAAUCAGUACUCUUCAUCACCUUGUGAAUCUUUUGAGGUAUCUUGCAGCUCAUAACGAUAAUAAGGGUUUUUUGUAUUCCAUCUGCCUUUUUAAAUGAAUAAUAUAAGGCAAUCCCUCAGCACCAAUCAUUUUUAAGCCUUGAUAUGUAUUCCAUGUUAUUUUUUUUGUAAGCUAUUGAGUGGAUUGGCCAAUAGAAAUCGUACUAUGAUCAAAAGUACACUUUGUAAUAUUUAAAACAAAAUUGGGGUUCGAAUCAACCAAUCACUUUGUUGGAUUUUAUGAGCCUGAAACCAUAUUAUGUAUAUGUUUUUGAUA